GUCCUGACUUUGACGCUGGGUGUCGCCCGUUCCUACGCAGAUGCCUCGCAGUGGUUCUGCGCCAUAUUGGCAGUCUCUCCUCCAUCUCAGCAGACGUCGAGCAUGCACGCCUCAAACCGGUUACUAAUGAGAUAUUUCUGAUUGCAGCCACCAGCCAGUCCUAGGGCACCACCAUGGAGGCCGUAAAAGCCUUCAAUAAUGAGCUGUACUCAUUGAAUGAGUACAAGCCGCCGAUCUCCAAGGCCAAAAUGACUCAGAUAACCAAGUCUGGAAUCAAGGCUAUUAAACAGCUCUCCCAGCUCCCCCAAUGCACUGAAAAUGAAGCAGGAGGAUGGGGUGGAGAGAGUUACAAAGAGAUAAGAGAAUCCCUUACCAGCUUAGUUCUACAAACAUGUCGUCCAGAGUGUAGAGAAGUUCAUACAAAAGUGCAAACCAGAGUACAAGGUUCCCGGCUUGUACGUCAUCGACUCGAUUGUCAGGCAGUCGCGACACCAGUUUGGCACAGAGAAAGACGUUUUCGCUCCACGCUUCAGCAAAAACAUCAUCUUGACGUUCCAGCACCUUUACCGCUGCCCUUCAGACGACAAGAGUAAAAUCGUGCGGGUUCUCAACCUGUGGCAGAAGAAUGCUGUUUUCAAGAGUGACAUCAUUCAACCUCUGUUGGACAUGGCAGCGGGGAUACCUCCCCCGAGUGUCACCCCCGUUAUGUCGAGCAGCGCUGCACCGGUCAACAACACCACACCUGGAACUCCAGCCACACCGGCCACACCUGCAAACUUAGUCCAGGGUCUGCCGGACUGGGCCUCCCAGAUUACCAACACUGACACCAUGGCAGCUGUGGCCCAGCUUCUACAGAGUCCUCAGGGUCAACAGUUGCAGCAGCUGGUGCAGAGUCUGCAGAUGCAGCAGCAGAAACCCCAGCCGUCCCUGCUCCAGGCCUUGGACGCCGGCCUGGUUGUGCAGUUACAAGCUCUGACGGCGCAGCUCACCGCAGCUGCUACUGCAAACAGCCUCAACCCACUGGAACAGAGGGUCUCCUCUUUUAACAAGAAGCUUCUGGGUCCGUUCGACUUUGGGAACGACAACGAACGCAGCGACGAAUCUAAAAAAGACACGUCGUCGUCUCAAAUGCCCAUGGUGUCUGAGCCAAUCAACAGCUCCCUUUUCCACCAGUUAGCUGAGCAGCUACAGCAGCAGAACCUGGAGCAGUUUCAGAAGCAGCUCCUGGAGCACCAGCACCACAAGGCCAUGAGCAUGGAAGGACAGGAUUCAAUGUUUGGUCAAGAGAAUUCUGUCGCUGCAGCUCAGAGCAGCAGUCAGACGCAGCUGUCGGAGCAAGACAACAAGAUCGACGACUCCAUAGAUAACCAACAACAGGACAUGGAACUGGACGAGGGCCCAGAUGGAAUGGAUGAGGAGAAUUUUGAGGCGGAAGACAAGAAGACCGCUAGCACACGCUCCAGGACACACUCGAGGUCACGGUCAAGGUCUCCAAAGAGGAGGCGGUCUCGGUCGCGCUCCAGUUCGCGGAAGCGCAAACAUCGCAAGCGGUCGCGCUCACGCUCCAGAGACCGCAAAAGGAAGUCGUCACGGUCCUACUCAAGUGAGCGGCGUGCGCGGGAGCGAGAGAAGGAGCGACAGAAGAAAGGCUUACCUCCCAUACGGUCCAAGACUCUCAGUGUGUGUAGCACCACCUUGUGGGUGGGCCAGGUGGACAAAAAGGCCACUCAACAAGACCUCACCAAUCUGUUUGAAGAAUUUGGCCAGAUUGAAUCCAUCAACAUGAUCCCUCCUCGUGGCUGUGCCUACAUCUGUAUGGUCCACAGACAGGACGCGUUCCGAGCCCGUCAGAAGCUGAGCACCGGCUCCUUCAAGAUUGGCUCCAAGGUCAUCAAGAUCGCCUGGGCUCUAAACAAAGGUGUCAAGCAGGAGUACAAGCAGUUCUGGGACGUGGACCUGGGUGUGACCUACAUACCCUGGGAGAAGGUCAAGCUGGACGACCUGGAUGGCUUUGCUGAAGGAGGAAUUAUUGACCAGGAGACGGUCAACGAUGAGUGGGAGGCGGCCAAAAGUGCUGAGUCAGUGAAGGACGUCACCAGUCAGCCGGUGAGUGCAGAGACCGCAGCGGUGUCCAACACCCAGACUGAGACGUACAACCAGGUCACCAUGAUGUCUGUACAGCUGCCUGUUGCUCAGGCUGUUCCCAGUGCAGUAGGACUGGUGCCCCCCACCUUUCCUGUCACCAUGACCAUACCACCACCAGGCUUUGGUCCACCACCACCAUUCAUGAGAGCUAGCUUCAACGCCUCCCAGCCUCCUCCUGGUUUCCUGCAGGCGGCGCAGGCAGCAAGCAUGGCCUCGGCUACGAAUUCCCUCGUACAGCCCCCGGUGGCUAACAGCCAGGAAGCUGUCAAAGACUCACCGUUCGCUGCUAUGAUCCCUCCAACCAGCACCAUCCCCAGCAGCUUCAUGCCCUCAGCCAUCCCUGGGGCUGGUAUGUUCAACCACAUGAGUGUCCAAAGUCAACAGGCCGCUAACGAGAAAGCUGCUCAGUCUGCAGACAUGUUGGACGCUGCUGCUGAGCUAACGCUGCAAGGGAUGCAAAAUGCUGUCCGCAGUGGGAUGGGUCUCCUGGGGAUGCAUCCCUCAGCCUCCCUGGCCCACCCGCUGCACCAGUCUGGUCUGACUGGACAGAGGAUGCCAGGCCUGCUGCCUCUCGAUGUUCGCCCGAACCUCCUUCAGCCCGGAGCUGCAGCCCGCUUCCCGCUCCUCAUGCAGCAAAGCCCUGCCCAGCAGGCGGCCAGCCUCCUGGACGGCUCCCUCCACGCACAGGCACGUGCCAGGGCUCCCUUCCCACCGAUGGAUCCGUUCAACCGGGCCCCAAAUCUGACCAAUGAGAACCUGUCCAAGACCGAGGACGAAUCAUCUUCUGGUGCAGAUGAGGGCAAGGACCAGGACUACCGCUUCCCUCCGAUGGAAAAGCAGAGCACGGGUCUGCUGAGGACCCCUCCGCCAGACCACCGGGAGACCCUCGGAGGUGGAGCCGCCGCAGCAGGUAGGCCGCCCUUGCUGCAAACGCCAGGCGCUCAGUCGACCAGGUCCAGCCUAGUUGGACGCCUGCAGGCUCUCGCGGGCUUCACCCCCGAUAACCGCUGGAACCAGACGAGAGGGGACUUUGACGAACGGGACGGAAUGCGAGGAGGCCCACAGGGCGGUGCAAAAGGCUUCCAGGAGGAGCGUCCAACACCUGGGCAGAAUUUUCCCAACCGCUUUGACAGUCGACCUGCGAACGCAGCAGCCAACGCUGUAGGAAAUCCUGGAGCUCCUGGGGCUCCUCAGGGCUGGAACCGUGGCGCUGGAGGUCCAACGCCUUUCGACAGCGAACUGCACCAAGACUUGGACGACAGGAGGCGUCCGUGGGACAGGCAAAGAGACAGGGAUGAAAGAGAUUUUCAUGGAGACUUCAGGAGGGAGAUGAAUGGUAACCGCCACAACCGCGAUAAAGACCGCGAGAGAGAACGAGACAGAGAGCGAGGAAGAGACCGCAGGGAAUUUGACAGAGAACGUGACAAGGAGGGAGAACGCGACAGAGACCGUGAACGUGGCGGCUGGACGCCCCUUCUCCCCCUGCCCACACCUCUCCUACCAACUCCCACCCAUAACCCCAACCUGACCCUGAACCAAGCCAAACUGCUCGCACCUCUGAAACUGAACCCUCAGAUCCAGUCUCGGUUCCAGCCCCCCCUCCUGCCCCAACCUCAGGCCAAACCGUCCGUCAUUGGUAUGAACCAGCCGCCUCCUCAGGUUCAGGUCCAAACCCCUCCUCCCUCUCAGAGCCAAGCACCUGCAUCUGAGUCAAAGUCAGAAACACCAGCCCAGUCUGAGACCACCCAGGUGCGGUCUUCUUCCUCGACCCCAACCCCUGUCCCAUCCCCAGAUCAGAGCCCUCCGACUGAGGCUGCCGCUCAGAUCCCGUCACCGACAGAAUCGCAGAAUUCCCCUCAGCCAGAAUCUCAAUCACAGCCGGCUGUCCACUCCCCCCCUAAACCUGUCUCACCUCCGUACAGUGAGACUCCUAAACAAGCCUUACCCCAGGACUCACCCAUCUCUGAUGGCUCUCCAAAGGAUUCGACUUCCUCUGUUGAGCAUCGAGAAGAUGACGAGGAGACCCCGGUCCCCCAGGCUCACCCGGGCCAGCCGAACUGGGUCAACGGCCGCGGGAUGGACGAUAGCAGUGUGGCCGAGGUCACACCAGAGGGCUCCCCGGAGUCCACUCCAGAUCCUCCCUCCUUUUCUGAGCUCCCAGAGAGGGAACCGGAGCAGCUUGCCUCUCCCGAAGACGUAGACAUUGAACAAAGUGAGACCUCGGAGGAAGCUGCGUGUCAGCCAGUGGUAGACACUGUCACAGACACUGAGGGGACAUAAUCAUCACUCAGUAGGUAAAAGAUCAUUUUGUAAAGUUGUCUUUUCUUCUCUGUACUCAUGUCAACAAACCACCACCACCACCACCACUACCACACGGGACACGAUGAAUACUGACACCCAUCAGACACAGUCUGAAACAAAAAAACAACAAAAAACAAAUAACAUAUGAUUUUAUCUUUUCCAAAUACCAGUGUACUGGAAUAGAAGGCUUAACUUAGCUGUAGGACGUUUGUUUGUAUUUUUAUUUCCUUUUAAUUUUUUUCUUCUUCUUCUUCUUGAGGUGCAAGUCCACCACUCACAUUUUACCAAUUUUAUCAAAUUUUAAUCAUUUUUUUAAACAAAUUGCCUGCCAAAAUGUUUUAAUUGUAUAUUGGGGAAAAUAAGCUUUGACCUUCCUAUGGAAGAGAGUUAGAAAUCACAGCUGUUCAACAACGGAGCGAUUACAGAUGAACACGACACUUGAAAGGACAGUCGCUGCUGCUCACGUUUCUGUCUCUUAUUUAAAGAAUGCUGCUGCAAAGAUCCUGUCAAUACUGUUGUUGGUGUCCUUAAAAUAUUUCUCAGCAGAACAAGCAGAAGCGGCCUGCACACCAUGAAACCAUGAACAGCGGCCAUUAAAAUUGGAAAUAAAUUACAGUUUUCUUAAAAUAAUAAUAAAAAAAAAACCCGCUGAAAAUGUUGUAUCUUAUCAAAUGUCUGCAAUCUUGUUCCUAAUUAUGCAACAAACACGGACGAUGACAUGACAGGCUAAAGAGAACGGAGGGGGGUUUUUGUCAUGUCCGGUGGAUUUUGUUUUAGGUUGAAAUAAACAUGAUUUUUCUGUUUUUAAAACACAUGCUUAGGACUGUUUUCUGACCCAGGACCAGUGGACAUAACACCGCAUUACACAUGUGUAUACUUUACGUGCCGUCGCUGCAGUGAAUUUGAUGUUCUCGUACUUCAAGUCGCUGCUUCAGUAUGACACUCGUCCACAGAGCACUUUGUUGGAUGCUACCGCGGGACUUGUAGUACUUUGUUUCCAAUGACUUCGGCCCGUUUCCCCGAGCUUUUGCUGCGUGACUGCUUGAGGAUGAGAUUGUGCCUUUUUUUUUUAAAUGGAUUUGUCAUUCAUUAUACCCUACACUACUGUGAUGUACACCAGACUGUGCGUGCACCUCAGUUUCUAAAAGCUCUAUGAACAGAACGCUGCCUGCACAGAGUUGACUGGCCUGUCCGUCGAGCCGUGUGUGGGCGGCUUGUACAGCACUCACCCUUAGAAGAGAACAAUAUUUAUUUCGUUGUUCUGUGCAUGUAGGCCUGUCGACAUGUUUUAUUAACAUUCUUGUCUUGUUCUUUUCACACUUGUAGCUUUUUUUUUUUUUGUUGAGACAUACAAUUAGAGUUCAAUAGUCUGCUGUUCUGACAGAGCAAAUGUCUUCUGCAGGAGUUGUAAUGUUGAAUAAAAGUUGAAGGUGUAUCCGA